UGCAAUCCAAAAACAAAAAUGCAACCAUUUUCUCUUCUACUUUCCUUAUCUCUAUUCUCCUUUGUAAGAGCUAUCCCACAAUGGGAUUAUAUCGUGAAGGAUUCAAGUGUUCACACUUUUACUGGAUUAUCAUCCACUAUUAACAUGCACUAUGGGAAUACUACAGGGCUAUUCAUGGCAACUCUGAUUUUUUUUGAAAGCGGAGAUACCGGAUACUUUGGAAUACAGCCUGGGGAACAUGGAGGAAUGAUUCUCUACAGUGUGUUUGGGUCAGAUAUAUACUCUGAUCUUGAAUUCUGUUUACAAGGUGCGGAUACUGGCCCUGGAAUCUCUUGUCAUCAACCUUUCAACUGGACAGAAAACCGGAACUACACUUUAUCUACAACAUUCGUUGGUACUUGGGCCAACGGAUCGACUGUUUGGCAAGGGUGGUGUCGAGACGAAGUUACUGGUGAAAAUUUCAAUAUUGGAAAAUAUUCAGUUCCUAAAAAGUUUGGUUUGCUUACUGGACAAGCUAUUCAAUGGCUUGAACAAUUUGACCAUAGAAGUCAAGUAUUAGAAAAGCCCUUGGUUUGUACUCCACAGGCCGGCUAUUCAAUCUGGUACCCUACUUUUUACAACUACGGAGCAAGUUAUCCAACCCAGGAAAAUGGUUAUACAGCUGCAUCAAUAUUUGAUUAUUGCGAAAAGCAACAAGGAAAGUCUGGCACGGUUGUCGAGGCAAUUCCAGGUGAAGACGGAUGGAAUGUUGAAGAAGGUACUCUUACUCCUUUGUACCCGGUUAAUUGA